GGUACCACACAAGGGGAUCGAGAUUCUGCCUUCCUCUGCUACCUGGAUAAUGUAAUCCUUGUUUUAACUCAAACAUUUGGCAUCGAGCAGCUAGCUUCUCUCCUUCGCCGAUCUCAUCCCCGCCAGCCGCUGUGGGGGAGAGAUAAUAUCGGGCCCUUGCGUGGGUGUGGAGCCAAAGUGGAUUCGAAGCGCGCGGGACGAGGCAGGCGGCUGGGGAGCGGCUCCAGCGGGCGUCUGCGCGAGAUAAUAGCCGCUCCCCUCAAACUUUGACAACAAGACGUGCCACUUGUUCAGUCUGUGGUCAACUUGGAGAGUGUUCGCACUGGCCGUUACCAUGUGGGCCGCGAGUGCCAGUGAAAUGGGUUAUCAUGAGUUUACCAAAAAAGCUGUAAGAGAAGUUGGGUGCACAGUGAGGAGAGGAGUGUGAAAUAGAUAGAGUGAAAGGGUGUGUGAUCUGGAACCGCCAGAGAGCCGUGUAUUAUGAGCAAAGCGCCUCUAAAAGGUCUUCGUUUCUCCUCUGGCCCCAGCUAUCUCCCAUCACUGUAGAGUCACGUGUGUGUCUGUGUAUGUGUCGAGUAGUUCUGAGAGAGGAUUAUUAAAAGGCCGGUUGGUUCGUGUUGGUUGUGAAUGCUUGCAGACUUGGAAAAGCACGUUUAUUAUAACCACACUGGAUACAUUUCUUGGAAGUGGCGAGGUGGCGAGGAACAAAGUGAACGACUGUGAGCAGCCUUCCACGGCCACUGUGCAAGAGCCAUGAUGUGUGACCGGUGGUGGCAACUUGGCCUCCUGAAGAUGGCUGCCGCCUUGGAGUACACCCCCCCUGUACUGGUGUUCCCACGCGAGCCCCCGAGGUUUCUUCUGCCUGCCUAGAGCGACCAGCACCCACCACUGGUCUGCCUGCCCACCUAGCUGGCCGGCUGGUUGCUGCCACGGCUGCAGGAAACCAUUGGCACACCUCUCAGCCACAGUUUCCCCUGCUCCUGCUGGCCUGGCUGGCGAGAAACCAAGUGCAUUACCGCUAACCAUGUGAUAAUGUUGUGCCCUAACCCUGGACCAUCGCUCAGCUCACUCGUCCACAUGCUCCCACACUAGUGCAGUUUCAUUAGUUGAAACCAUAGACUUUAUAGCCUUAGCGUGGAGGUGGAGAGUAGUGUGAGUGUACACCUUGGCAAACUUUGAACAUCUUAUGACACAAGGGCAGGACAAUAGUCUUUAGAGGCAAGGAGGUGUGUGAAAAACACCCCAUUCCAAACCAGACAUCUCGAGCAAGUGACAUUUUUUAGCCCUGGGACGGAGGACAAAGUGGUUUACACUGGCUCUUCUUGUGCGGCUCCCGUCAUUCCGCCACCGUGGCAGGGGUGGGGGGAGGCACAGCACUGGCUGGGGGGGCUGCCCCUGAUAAUAUGGCCGACUUUCAGCAGGGCAGACAAGUUGUUGUUGAUCGGCUGAAGCGUCGCCUGAGUCACUACCGCCAGAACCACAACUCCGUCACUUCUCGCUUUGACACUUCCAUUCAGACUCUGUACACAGACCAGUCCAAACAAACCCUCUUGCUGAAACAGAGGCACAUAGAAUCCAAAGCUAAGAAAACUAACAAGAAAACCACAGAAAAUAAGAAGCAGGAUAACUCUUCACUAUUAGCCACCAUGGGGCAGUCAAAGAUGCUUGCCCGAGGGCACGACCAGACGACCUCAUCUGGCGAGACCCACGAGAAUGAGCCGGCCACCAAGAAGCAGCGGUUGAACAAUGGUGCACCUCCCCACGGUGGCCCCCUCCACGGCAACCCCUCUCAUGCGGGGGGCCCUCCUCCACCUCACGGGGCAGGGCUGCACCCAGGGGCUUCCCAGUCCUCUGGCUCCACUGGGGACAUUGGGGACCUGCAGAUGGCGCAGCAGCUCCCUAACAUUAAAAAGACGGACUCGCCUGUGCCUCUGGGAGCUGCUGUCUCCACUGCCAAUGGACCGCCAGUGGAUGAGGUGAAGAAGGAACAGCAGGAUCUGGACAUUAAUAUCCUGGAGGAGUUUGAUGAUUUCAGCAAUCUUGGUGAUAUGGACGAUAUAGGCAUCAAUUUUGAUCAGUUCAUGAGUGACCUUGACUUUGACAACAUGAAAACAGAAAACAGUAACUCAGGCUUGGCAGACCUUGUGAAAGAAGAAUCCGUAGACAAUCUCUUUGAAAACGAGCCGUCAAGCGUGAGCAGUGAUAGUGGUGUAGCAAGUGGUAAUGCUAAUUCUCAGAGUCCUCAAGUGAACAUGAGUAAGUCUGGAGGAACUCCCACCACCUCGGCCUCACCUGUGUUCACCCAGUACCCGGGGACACCCCCCGUGUCCCAUACCUCCACCCCACCUACCUCUUUUCCUCCAACUUCAUUCAAUCCCACAUCCACCUCCACCACCUCCAGCUCCCCAACUCCAUUCUCUGCUCCUAGUAGUGUGCCAAAAAUCCGCAUGAACAUGAGUCAGCCAGACAUGAUUCCUGCCGCCCAGACGCUGAAGCAGAUGGCCGAGCAGCACCAAAACAAGAUGGUGUCCUCGGGGCCCAACCCCGUCCGGCCGAGCUUCCCCGACUACCAGCUGAAUAAUAUGAACAGUCCCGCUGGCCCUGGCAUGAUGGGGCAGACGGGGAGCAUCGGUAAUCAAAUGUACAAUAGCAACAUAAAUCAAACCAAUGCCAUGUACAACAAUCAAAAUAGUGGUAUGAGUGAAAUGGAGAUGAAAAAACGGCAGAUGAUGCAGCAGCAACAGCAGCAGAUGGUGCAGCAGCAGGUGCAUCAGUCUCAGCAGCAGCAACAACAGUCACAGCAGCAACAGCAGCAGCAACAGCAGCAACAGCAGCAACAGUCUCAGCAGCAGCAGCCUCAACAGCAGCAGCAACAACAGCCUACCGGCCAGCAGCAGACCCAGAUGCCAGCAGGAAUGGUGUCCUACCAGAACCGCAUCUCCCCCCUGGGCUCCUUUCCCAGCUCCUCCCAGCCUGGCACCCUCACCCCACAGUAUCAGAUAGGUGGGGCCAUGGGUACGGGGGUGAGGGGCCCAUACCCAGGGGGUCCACGAGGGCCUUCCCCCAUACCUCCUGGCUCACAAGGGGGAGGACCAUCACCCAUACCUGCAGCUGUUCAGCUUGGUGGUCAGAUGGGAGCUGAUGGCAAACUAAGUAAUGAAAUGUUCUAUCAGGGUCAGAUUAGCAGCCAGUAUAGGAUGAGCCCAGCUCAGCCACCAAGAUACCCCAGCCAGCAGAUGAUGGGACCGGGGGGAAUGAUGCGUCACGUCAGCCCAGCUGGCGGCCAGAUAGUUGGCCAACCCGGGCAGAUGAUGCCCCGCCCCCCACCACCUGAGUACCAACAGUUAAUACAACAACAACAAAUAAUGAACCAGCCCAUGCCCCAGACCAUGUCCCAGAUGGGUCAGGGCAUGAACCAGAUGAGCUACCAGGGCAUGCGGCCCAACAUGAGGCCGGGCAUGGUCACCAACCCAAUGGUCAACAUGGGCUCUGGCCAGAUGAUGGGCAACAUGGCACAGCAAACACUGCCACCCAACAUGCCCACCAUGAAGCCCAGCAUGGUACCCACCACUACCAUGAACCCUGCCUCCAGCAUGCCCAGCAGCACCAUUGCUGGAGGCACCAUGCCUGCCAUGAGUGUUGGCACCAUGUCAGCAAGCAACAUGAACAGCAACAUGGGGCAGGUGAGCACAGCUGGCACCAUGGGCCUGGUGAGCCGCAACCCCAUGGGCAAUGGCAGCAUCCUGCAGCGGCCCAGACCGCCCAAUGUCAACAUCGGCCCGGGUCCCGGUGGCCUCAACAUUGGCACGCAGAUGCCGCCGUCCAGACCAGAGUGGCGGAUCAUGAUGCAGAACAGCCAAGGCAACAUGCAAAUCAUGGGCCCCAUGCGGCCUGGCUAUCCACAGCAACAACCCCAGCAAGGUGGCAUAAUAAACCAGCAAGGUCAGCUGAUUGGCAUUCAGCGGCCACCCAGUCAGAUGAUGAAUAUGAUGGCCAUGCAGCAAGGCCCCUCCAUGCAGGGCGGCCCAGGCAUGCAAGGCAACUCCAGCAUGCAGCCUGGCAUGCAGCCUGGGCCAGGCAUGCAAGGGGGGCCAGGGAUGCAGGGAGGACCAGGAAUGCAGGGAGGGCCUGGGAUGCAAGGAGGACCAGGAAUGCAGGGUGGACCUGGGAUGCAAGGACCUGGGAUGCAGGGAGGACCAGGAAUGCAAGGAGGACCAGGAAUGCAGGGUGGGCCAGGCAUGCCUGGGGGCCCUGGUAUGCAAGGUGGUCCCUCAAUGCAAGGCCCAAGAAUGCAGGCUAACAUGGUGGCCUUGACACAACAGGGACAGGUGCGGAUGGGAAUCCAUAUGAGCCAAGCAGGAGGCAUGGGCGGAGGUCAGGUGACUUCCCAGUACCCUGGUCAACAAGGUCAAAUGUCAACAAUGACCCAGAUGCCUCCUGGACCCAAUCAGAUGAUGACCAACCCCACAGCACAGGGCAGGAAUCCUGCAGCAAUGGCGGGCAUGACAGGUGCCCGCAGCCCAGCUGCCAUGGCCCAGAUGAGUGGGCCGGGCCAUCCCAUGAGCCCUGCCAACAGGGGCCAGAUGGGAGGUGCCAGUCCUGUCAACAUGGGCCAGAUGAGUGGUCCUGGACAGGCCCCAAGCCCUGCCAACAUAGGGGGCAUGACUCAUCCCCGGUCCCCUGCCACGAUGGGGCAGGUGCAUCCCCGCAGCCCAGCCACCAUGGGUCAGGGUGGGCCAGCCAGACCCUUGAGCAAUCCUGGCAUGGGUCAAGGAGGCCCAGCACGGCCCCUCAGCAACCCAGGCAUGGCUCAGCAGCAGGGGCAACAGGCCAGCCAGACAGCAGGAGGAGGGACAGCUAUUGGAGGUCAGACGACAGGCAGUACUCCGGGCCCCAUGAACAGAGGGUCCCCCGGGGGCAUGACCCAGGCCACAGCUGGCAUGACCCCAAGUGCCAGUGGACUUAACCAAAACCCCAGUAGUUUAAGCCAAAAUCCUGGUAGCAUGACCCAAAAUUCUAACAGUAUGAACCAAAACACUGGUAGUAUUAACCAAAAUCCUGGUGGUAUGAGUCAGAAUGCUAGUGGUAUGAACCAAAGCCAAAGUGGUAUGAACCAGAAUUCAAGUGGUAUGAACCAGACCCCUGGUGGCAUGAACCAAGCCACCAGUGGUCCCCCUGGAAGCCGACCAAACCAGAGUCCAAUGAACCAGGUACAGUCAAUCCCUGGUCCGGGUGCAACGGGCUCCCAGACCAACCUUAGCAUGAACAGAGUGAAAGGCGGCAAUGCAACAGUGAACAGUGGGCAGACCGCACCUCAGACCUCAGUGGCCAACCAGCGGCCGGCCAAUGACAGUAAUAACAGUGUACGGACAUCACAACCCUCCACGCCCAAUCCCCCCACCACCAGCAGCACCACCCCGGCCACAGACCUUGAUUUUGAUUUUUGUGACUUUGCUUCUCUGAUAAGUGACUGAGGUGGUGGUGUGGCUGGGCUCGGCGCCUCACAUCAGUGCUGUAUAUAUGAAACAUUCCUGUAGAAGUGUUAUAUAAUGUACAGUCUUAAUUAUUAUUUUAUUAAUAGUAGUAGUAACAUUAUUUUUUAUUUUUAUUAUUUUAACUAUUUUAUCAAAACUACUACUACUACCACUAUGAUUAUCAUGAGUAAUUAUCAGUGAAUGGUCCAAGAACUGAAGAAACAAGUAAUUUAGUAUAUCGAUAUAAUCAUGAAGACUUGCCAUAUCAUAUAGUCUUACUGCCAAGUAUUAUGCCCCCUACCACCACAGCAAGAGCAACCACCUGACCACAGCCUCAGUGCUACAGUCCGUUUUCCUGAUGCUGGGCACAGCCAUAGAUUUCACCUCAGCACUCACCAACAACAUGUCAAGUUUCUUACAAAGCUUAUCAGUUACACUAUAUUUCCUCCUAUAAAACAAACACUGAAAGAUGUCAUAAUAAAACAGGAGUUUGCUUCUUCAACCCAGCCAGCAGCAUUAUAGAGUUUUAGUAUUGGGUUUUCUCUUGAUGUGGUAAAGGACUAUGGUCUUGACAGAAUGACAAUGUGCCUCACUGAAAAGCAUGUGUAAGCUGGACACAAUCAGGCUGAUGUAACCACAUUUCCUUUCCAUGACAUGGGCCUUGGAGUUCAGAGAUAUAACUAUUGGAGUAGUAUUUGUAUUUGUACUGGUGAGAGUGAACACAGAGAAAUCCAUAGUGAAUGUUACAGGUCAGCUUUUGUAGUGUGUUCUGUUCCUGUUUUCUUUUAAUGACAGCCUGAACUGCAAGGCCUUAUUUGUGCCAAGUAUGUGUACAAAACAUGAUUUUAUGACAUGAACAAACCCUUUCUGAAACUGUCUUGUGUUGUGUCUGAGUGCUGCUCCCUCCCUCCACCUUACCCCUAUGCUCCAGCAGCAAGGUGUCUGUAGCUGUGUACUCUGGUGUAGGUGGUUCUGUAGACUUUCUCAUCACUGUUAAUUAGCUUCACAAAACACAGAUCAUGAUCUUUUAAUUAGCGUGUGUGUGUGUCUGUGCGUACACACACACACACAUACACACACAAAAAUAAUUUUCUGGGUAAAAUUCUUGCCAUUGUUAUGUUGCUGUUUCUUAGUCCUCUAUCUGAUGGUGAGCCUCUGCCACCACCACUGGCUCUGGCCUGGGUGAUGGCACAUGUCCUAAGGUGCUCUUGUGUUCAGGCAUUGUAGAGAGGGGGACAAAGAGCAGGAUUUUGCAAUCAGUCAAUUACAAAAACUUCUGUGUCUGUCUGUCUGUCUGUCUGUCUAUAUUUGAAAAGACCUGUUUAUUGACUAACAUUAUUCCCUUCCAUGCCCUUUAUCCCCAAGAUUUGGUUUCACUUCUUGCAAACUGAAGUGCAAUGCUAAGAUAAUGAAGCAUGCCUUAUUUUCACCCUUACACUUUGCGUCUCUCUUGGCGCUGAUGGCCAUGGACCGGGCAGGUGCAACCACAUGCUGCUUGUCAGAGCCAUGAUGAGUCACCAGUAUUAUUGCAGACCUCCAGCACACUCCACUUGAUGUUUUUUUUUUUUUUUUUUUUUUUUUUUUUUUCCUUUUUUUUUUUUUUUUUUUUUUUUUUAAUUCCAGAACAGUUGUCUAUGCAGUAUUAAUACCAAUGUUUGUUUCCUCAUUUUUGAAGUCUUUGUACCCAGAAGGAUCACCUUUGUAGAAUUAUCUUUUUAAAGUAUUUAAAAGAUUUGGAGAUAGGCAUGAAGAAGCAUCAUUUCACACUGAAAGAAACACAAAACUGUAAACUAUUUUUAUAUACAUAUGACUUGUGCAGCAUAGGACAAGGAAGACAUUGUGCUGAGCCUGCAACAUUGCAUCAAAUUCCUGUCACUGAGAAAAAUGUCCGUUGGUUUUGCCGAGCAUUUCUUUGUUAUCUUUUGUACAGGAUGAUCUUCACCCAAUGAUUCUCAGGUAUAUUUGCAGAGACUCAAACUUCCCCAGUCUCCUACAUGUAUAUUUAUUUAUCUUAAGUUCUUCACACCUCAGUUUAUUUUUAUUAUUAUUAUUAUUAUUAUUAUUAUUAUUAUUAUUAUUAUUAUUAUUAUUAUUAUUAUUAUUAUUAUUUAUUAUUAUUACUUUUUAUUCUCUCUCUUCCCAUUUGUAAUCAUUAUUUUUCAUCUAGAGCCUCUUCAGGGAUAAUGAUACUUUUCUGGUGCAUUUUCUCCCUUCCUGUUUUGAUGUGUGAGGCAAAACCAACACAAGGCAUGAGGGCCCUUUGCUGUGAUCCUACCACAAGAGUCACUCACUCCCUCACUAGUUAUAACACAACCUUGACACCAGCAACACCAGGAGAGGGAAGGAAGGAAAGAACCACGGAUGGCUUUAUUACUCUUGGAAUGACAAAGUUUGUGUAGUAUAUCCUGCCAAAGUAACAAAGACGACAAGACAUGGUGAUUGAUGCCGGGUGUGGUACUCAAGUUGUGUAGGUGGCAGCAUGGCAGCCUGACCACACACACAGGACCUUCCUCAAGUGCGUGCAACAUGUUCGCCAGUGUACAAACCCGUAGUGCUAGUCCACCACAUAAAGGGAAUGGAGGGCCCCAGCUUCCCUGCCAUCCACUUGUGAUCAUUUCCUGAGUUCAUAAUGUAGUCAUUCCAGCAUCAUGUAAUAUUACUAUGCAUUUCUUGAUGUGACAAAGAAAUUACUUGUAGAGGUUAAUAUUACAUAAUUCCAGGAUGUCAAAAGGUCUUUUUGCAAAAUGUUUCAAUUGCUGAGGGGAAAUAAUCCUUGUGAGUGAUGCAGGGGCUGCCCUCCAGACGUGCCCGUGAAGUCAGUGAAAACAUGUGUCAUGUAGUAAAUAUCUUUUCCAGAAGACAUAUUUUGUAAGCUCAUUAAAGUAAAAGUGUACAAAUUUAGCCUUCACUUCAAGGGCCAAGUGUUUUCACUGAUUUUAGGCACAUCAGGUUUUGUAAUGCAAAAGAAGUUUGUGCAUAUGUGACACCAUAAUAAAUUAUGAGUUUUUGGUAAUUUGUGUAAACUGUUUAUUUUCCAACUUUUUGAUAAUGGAAAUGAGCCAUAACAGUUCUAUACCAAAGUCUCAUAAUUGGUGAUCUUACCACAGUUAAUAUAUAUGGGCAUCAAAGCAUUUUCUACUUUGUUUUGACACAAGUUUCCAGUAGUGUAAAAUCUCAAGGACAGAAUUCAUCCUUAUGACCUUUUUAAAUACGUUGAGUUUAGCUUUGCCCAAGGCCGAGUCAGCGAGGAGGCGGAGCUAUGGCGAGGCUGGUGAGGGCAAGGCCUGCUGCCCACCAGACAGCAGCUCAUGCUGUGGCACAUCAGUGGUUUUCACAUGCAAUCAGAUUUUUAUUAUAAAUUUUAUUUGUACUUAUUAAAUGUAGGUGUAUGAUAUCAAAAGUUAUUUUGAACAUUUCACUGUGUGUUUUAACGUAAAAAAUAAAAUUGUAUUUUAUACAUUUUUUAAUAAUUUGUUUUGAGGAUUUUGAUAAGUCCUUUUUUUCCCAUUUUUUCACUUUGUACCUGUCUUUUUUUCCCCAAGUCGUGCUUUGAUUGCCCUGACGGGAAUAUUAUCUGGGGCUCGGAUGAAGAUGUCGACAAAUCUGUGGUUCUAGAUUGGGUUUUGUACAGAUGUGAUUGUAACUGAACUCUGUCUGCAGUGCUGCUGUUUGUGAAUAGAGUUCAUCUGAGCCACAGGUGUAGACGCGUACCAGUCUUUUUGUGACCGUAGACAGUGCCGCACCACGACUGUGUCUUGCCUCACCUCGCAUAGUUCAUCGAAGUGUUACCUCACCACCACCUCCUCGCGCUUGUCGCCUAGGCUGUACUCGCUGCCAGGACCCUAGAUCAGUAUUCCUUCCCCUGUACAGCCCCACCACCAGUUAUGGCUAGAGUUUGUGUAUUUUUUAUCUGAAUAUUAAUUGUAGGUAUAUUCAAAGCUGUUAUUUAUGCAACCUAAGACAAGUGAAUAUAUUUUAACCAGCAAACUGGUACCUGAGGUAAUAAAGGUAAUGAUGUCCCAAGUCUGGCCCUCCUGGGGCGCUGACAGCCUUCGUGACACUGGCAGGACACGGGGUGGCUGAGGUGGCAGUGUCACGGCUCGCUAGUGGCACACCCCGUGGUGGGGGGCGUCUGGGGCGCCGCGCCCGGCCGUCCCCUGCCCACAGUCUGGUUUUGCUGGCUUGCCACUCGCCCUGCAUGGAAAAGUUGUGUGUAGGAUAUAACAAAGGCACAGGAAAAUUGUGAGGAUGCAGGAAAUAGCACUUGUUACGCAGUGGGAAGUGGAUGAUGCUCUACUACUGCUGUGAAUAGCUCGAGGGGAGAGUUGAGAAUGUCAAGUGGAAACGGAAACCAUUCUAGAAACCAUGGAGACAGGUGGGUGCGGCACACAGUGAACCCCUGCUGGCCACCUUGUGACCAGAUGAUCUCAGCCGACGUACUUAGGUCACAAAGUCAGUCGCUUUGUAACAUGUCACCCAUCGGCUGACAUGCCAUCCUUGCAGAUAUGUACAUAUUGUUGUCAUUUCAAAUGCAAUAAAAUAGUUUCGGUGAGAACGAGUUUCUUUUCCGUUUGAGUACAUUUUAAAGCGAAUGCUGACAUUUUUGUUGAUGCUAACACAAAUAAAUAAGUGACAUCAAUAAAUCUAAAUAAAUAAAGGGAUACCAUUCAAUGCAGCAAAGAAUAGAUACUGGUGACAGAUGACGAUCAGUGGCUGUGUGACGCAAGCAGGCGGGAUGGCCAGUCAGGACCCGCGAGUGGCAACACAUAGAUGACUAGGUGAGCGUGCCACGAUAGAAAAAAAAAAAAAAAAAGGUGAGGCUGAGAUGCAGCAAGUGCCUCGGCCACGCCUUUGCACCUGGGAUAGACAACCUGCAUUUCGCAGCACCAACACUCAGGAAAGACAACCACAUCUUUUGGAUGAAAAUAAGUGAGCAACUGGUCAAAACUGGACUGCAAGGCACCCCUCCCAUUGAGGUUUGGCUUCAACUGACUCACUCUCCCAAGGGACAAGGGGAAGCAUGUCUGUUCAUACGUGUGUUUGGGGCAUAGUGUCCUGCUGACUUCUGUAAAGUGGCCUGAGUGUGAAAGAGAUUGCCAUUUACAUGAAGAAAGACAUAUUUGGAGAUGAAGAGGCAGGAGAGCAGAAAUAAGCCUUCAUGGAAUUUAUAUGGACAAUAGAACACAACAGGGUGCACAGGGAAAGGGUCUUCAGAGAUCAGCUUGAUCCACUGGAUGUCAGUGAUGACCACCUCUUAAACUGUUAUUGUCCACCUGGCCACUAGAUUUUGCAGGUCUGUGACUUCUUGUCACAACAUGGACACUUUUCACUUUUGCCACUAGACCUGUUUCUCCAAUUUAAGAAUGAAAAUACAUGUCCUGUGUGAGCCAGUGAUGGCUGGUGACAGCUGCAGAGCCUUCAUGCUUUCCUACUCCCUCACCAUGCACUGCAUAGGGAACACUCAUGGACAGUAGCUAAUACAGGGAAAGGUGUAUAAAGUGUGCAGGCUUUUGGAUGUCUGGCAGCACACACACUGUCAGAGAUCUGUAGCAAGUGCAAGACAGAGAGGGGUGAGGAUGGAGGAUGCUGUAACAUUCACAGCGUAAUUGGUUCAUUUUGUGAGAGGUGUAGUUAGUGUAUAUAGUUUCAACCACAGGAUUGUACGUCUUUAUAUUCAUAGAUUUCAUGACUUAACCUUGUGGUCCCGUGUGUGCAUCAAGUCAUUUAGCUAGGAGUAUAUAUAGUUUAUAGAAUUUAAUGAAAAUUACUUGUUGCAUUAUGAAGCUUUAAACAAAGUUAUUAGUUUGGCCUUUGUUUAUUACCAUCAUCUAGUUCAGUCAGUCUUAUCAGCCUACUAAAUUCAUGCAAUUUGUCAGUCAUUUACUUUGUGCUGAUAGUGUCAGUUCAAAGCCUGCAUAUCAAUCCCUUAUUAAUUUUGCUAUCUCCUACAGCACACACACAUCCAUCUCACUGUUCUCUUCAGUCUGUUCCAAGCUUAUCACUGUGUUUAAUGGUCCAAAUCGCAUGGCCAUGAAGUAUUGCACUUCUUACUGAUGAUUCAGUCAUAAUUGCAAGGUCUCUAUGCAGCUGUUGUAGCCAAACAUGGUAGUUAUGCCUUCAUUUAAGGGUCUCAUUUAGGGAAGAAGAGUCGUGUAUAUACAUUUUUUUUUAUACAUUUAAGCCAGGAAUAUUUAGAUUAUAUAGACAGCUUCUGAACUUUCAAGAACUUUGACUGCAGUGUGUUCUGAUGAUGACCAUAUGGUGUUACAAGGACAACAUAAGAUACAUUGUCAUAAGUUACUUGUUUAUCAAUGAUGUUAAGGUUUUUUAUUUAUGUUUUGGAUGCAGUUUGCUUCAAAAAAUUGUACAAAGUUGAAAAUUUCUAAGACUACUACUAUAAGGACAAGACUUUCCAGAGAAUGUAAUGAAAAUUGUGUUGAUUAAAAAGUGAAGGAAGA